GAGAGAAGACUGGGCUGUAGGGAGGAGGCAGCUGGUCCUCCGGAACCUGCAAGAAUGCUGCAGGGGGACGGGGGCUUGGGGACAUACUAGCCCCCAGCCCCUGAUUCUGGCUUUGAGACCUGGCCUCGGACCAGUUUCCCUCUCUGUGCAGCUCUGAAUUCUCCAGGCACCUGGAGAACCAAGAUAGGGGCGCCUGGGGUGUCCAUCCCCAGAGCCAGUCCCUCUGCAAACCAGGGAAGAAGAGAGGAGGGAGUUGCGCCAUCGUCUUCAAUGACUCUCUGAACAGCGUUUAGGAAGAGUGUGAAAGAGAGAGCGCUCGCCAGGGAGAGGAGAAAAGAAGAUGAGGAUUAUCUGCAGACAGAUUGUCUUGCUAUUUUCUGGAUUUUGGGGACUCGCCAUGGGAGCCUUUCCGAGCAGCGUGCAAAUAGGUGGUCUCUUCAUCCGAAACACAGAUCAGGAAUACACUGCUUUUCGAUUAGCAAUUUUUCUUCAUAACACCAGUCCCAAUGCGUCGGAAGCUCCUUUUAAUUUGGUACCUCAUGUGGACAACAUUGAAACAGCCAACAGUUUUGCUGUAACAAAUGCUUGUGAUGGUGUACAUGUUACUAUGCAAAAGGACCUGCCUUCAGACUCUCAGUCCCCACCUCCAGUCUGUUCCCAGUAUUCUAGAGGAGUAUUUGCCAUUUUUGGACUCUAUGAUAAGAGAUCAGUACACACCUUGACCUCUUUCUGCAGCGCCUUACACAUCUCCCUCAUCACACCAAGUUUCCCUACUGAGGGGGAGAGUCAGUUUGUGCUGCAGUUGAGACCAUCCUUACGGGGAGCACUCUUGAGUCUGCUGGAUCAUUACGAAUGGAACUGUUUUGUCUUCCUGUAUGACACAGACAGGGGAUAUUCAAUACUUCAAGCUAUUAUGGAAAAAGCAGGACAAAAUGGUUGGCAUGUCAGUGCUAUAUGUGUGGAAAAUUUUAAUGAUGUCAGCUAUAGACAACUCCUAGAAGAACUUGACAGAAGACAAGAAAAGAAAUUUGUAAUAGACUGUGAGAUAGAGAGACUUCAAAACAUUUUAGAGCAGAUUGUCAGUGUUGGAAAACAUGUUAAAGGUUAUCAUUAUAUCAUUGCAAACUUGGGAUUCAAGGACAUUUCUCUUGAGAGGUUUAUACAUGGUGGAGCCAAUGUUACAGGAUUCCAGUUGGUAGAUUUUAAUACGCCUAUGGUAACCAAACUAAUGGACCGCUGGAAGAAACUGGAUCAGAGAGAAUAUCCAGGAUCUGAGACUCCUCCAAAGUACACAUCUGCUUUGACUUACGAUGGCGUCCUUGUAAUGGCUGAAACUUUCCGAAAUCUAAGAAGGCAGAAAAUUGAUAUUUCAAGAAGGGGAAAUGCUGGAGAUUGUCUGGCAAAUCCUGCUGCUCCAUGGGGUCAGGGAAUUGAUAUGGAGAGGACUCUCAAACAGGUUCGAAUUCAAGGACUGACAGGAAAUGUUCAGUUUGACCACUAUGGACGAAGGGUCAAUUAUACAAUGGAUGUAUUUGAGCUAAAGAGUACUGGGCCUAGAAAGGUUGGUUACUGGAAUGACAUGGAUAAAUUAGUCCUGAUUCAAGAUGUACCCACACUUGGGAAUGACACAGCAGCUAUUGAAAACAGAACAGUGGUUGUAACCACAAUUAUGGAAUCCCCAUAUGUUAUGUACAAGAAAAAUCAUGAAAUGUUUGAAGGAAAUGACAAGUAUGAAGGAUACUGUGUAGAUUUGGCAUCUGAAAUUGCAAAGCAUAUUGGUAUCAAAUAUAAAAUUGCCAUUGUCCCUGAUGGAAAAUAUGGAGCAAGGGAUGCAGACACAAAAAUCUGGAAUGGGAUGGUAGGAGAACUUGUUUAUGGGAAAGCAGAGAUUGCUAUUGCCCCCCUGACAAUCACUUUGGUCCGAGAGGAGGUCAUUGAUUUCUCUAAACCCUUCAUGAGUUUGGGCAUAUCUAUCAUGAUCAAAAAGCCUCAAAAAUCUAAACCAGGAGUAUUUUCCUUCUUGGACCCGCUGGCCUAUGAGAUUUGGAUGUGCAUAGUAUUUGCCUACAUUGGUGUCAGCGUGGUUUUGUUCCUAGUUAGUAGGUUUAGUCCCUAUGAGUGGCACACAGAAGAGCCAGAGGAUGGAAAGGAAGGACCCAAUGACCAGCCUCCCAAUGAGUUUGGCAUCUUUAACAGCCUCUGGUUUUCUCUGGGUGCUUUUAUGCAGCAAGGAUGCGACAUUUCUCCCAGAUCCCUCUCAGGUCGGAUUGUUGGAGGUGUCUGGUGGUUCUUUACUCUCAUCAUUAUAUCGUCUUAUACUGCUAACCUUGCUGCCUUCCUGACGGUUGAGCGAAUGGUCUCCCCCAUAGAAAGCGCAGAAGACCUAGCCAAACAAACAGAAAUUGCCUAUGGAACACUGGAUUCAGGGUCAACAAAAGAAUUCUUUAGAAGAUCAAAAAUAGCAGUGUAUGAAAAGAUGUGGACCUACAUGCGAUCCGCAGAGCCGUCAGUGUUCACUAGGACUACAGCUGAGGGAGUAGCUCGUGUCCGCAAAUCCAAGGGCAAAUUUGCCUUCCUCCUGGAGUCCACUAUGAAUGAAUACAUUGAGCAGCGAAAGCCAUGUGACACGAUGAAAGUGGGAGGAAAUCUGGAUUCGAAAGGCUAUGGAGUAGCAACGCCCAAGGGUUCCUCAUUAAGAAAUGCUGUUAACCUCGCAGUUUUAAAACUGAAUGAACAAGGCCUCUUGGACAAAUUGAAAAACAAAUGGUGGUACGACAAAGGAGAAUGUGGCAGCGGGGGAGGUGACUCCAAGGACAAGACCAGUGCCUUGAGUCUCAGCAACGUGGCAGGCGUCUUCUACAUUCUGGUUGGCGGUUUAGGCUUGGCAAUGCUGGUGGCUUUGAUAGAGUUCUGUUACAAGUCCAGGGCCGAAGCGAAGAGAAUGAAGCUGACCUUUUCUGAAGCCAUAAGAAACAAAGCCAGGCUGUCCAUCACCGGGAGUAUGGGGGAGAAUGGGCGUGUCUUGACACCUGACUGCCCAAAGGCUGUCCACGCUGGAACCACCAUCAGACAGAGUUCAGGACUGGCUGUCAUUGCAUCGGACCUACCAUAAAAACCAAAAAAAUAAUCGAGUGCCUUAAUCAAACUGUGAUGGUGACUGGUGGAAACGCAGCCCCGAGGGACACGCGAGUGCGGGUCCGAGCGACACCCAUCCUUCGCUGAGAGGGGCCUUCCCAUGUGCCCGCAGCAGCCACAGCGACAGCGACGCGUGCAUGAGCUCAGCUCGGAAACCCAAACUCGGAUUUUAUAUCAGGAAAACUCACACUUUAGAUUUUUCUGGGGGGGAUGUGGGCGGGGGGAACUGGGAUGCGUGUAUUAACAGCAACAGAUUUCACUGGGGUGGACUUAAAAACUAAUCAAACUUGCAAGUUAGUGCAUCAGACUGAAGUUCUUGCUUAAAAAUGCCUUUGUUUUCAAGGGUUAAAAUAGUUACAGAAAUCAACGAACAUGCUAACCUGGGUCUCUAGAACACCCAUAUACUCCAGCUGAGAAAAAUCACUAAACUGUGGUAAGAAAAUAAUACACAAAUAUGUAAAUCCUGUGAAAAAGAAAAAGAAAGUAUUUACACCUACUUUGGAAAAAAAAUACUGAAACAUGCUUGCUUUUUAACUGACGUAAAUUCAGUAGAGGACAACACAAUUCUUUUUCUAACCAUCUUAGGGAACAAUACAUUGCAAUAAUUGAUAUAAAUGCCAUCACUGUAACAAACUUUAGAGACUUUUUAUUUUGUAACCGUUGGUCAUCUUCUUGUUUGCUGUACCCUUCACUAUGUCACAUGACUCAGUUGAUGUCCACAGAUUACAUUUGUCUACCAGAAAAAAAAAAAAAAAAAGGAAAAAGAAAAAGAAAAAGAAGACAACAUAAAAUUAUAUCAGUCUGCAAUGUAGAAUCAAGAGACUACGUAUGGGUCACUCAUGUUACCAAUAUUAUUUAUAAUAUCAUUGUGUACAAAAUUGUGGUUUUUGUACCCACCAAAAAAACAAACGAAUAAAACAACAGGCAUUCUUAUAUCUACAGAGCAUAAAGUUUUUUCUUAUCAUAUAAAAGUUAUUUGAGAAAUUAUAAGACUAUAGGAGGGAUUGUAGAAUUCAAGUGGUGGGCCAUUUGGAAAAUGUAGCUAGCUGUUAUUUUUGGAUACUAAGCUACCCUGUUUUACAGAUCUUUGUCUUGUGAACAGGUUGAAUUGUGAAAGAUGGAGUGUCUGAAUUGGGGAGUGAAUCAUGUCAUUCAGCAACAUACCUUGUAACUGUGUGUUGAAAUUUUACUUGACUACUUUGCUGCAUAAAACAAUGUGUCUCUUGGGCUUUCCUCCCAUUCUCAUCCCUUUUAUUCCAUUUUUAUCAUUUGAAGGCACUAGUAACUUGGGAAUAGAAUAGAAAUGAAGAAUUAAUCCUUCUUUUUUCAACUACAAAUUGUGAAGAAAACUAUGUCCAUGUAUUUAUAAAAAUCACCUUGCGUUAAGUAUGGGUUAAAUAAACAUGAUUUAAAAGAUUUGAAUUACUGGAAAUAAUAAGUACUAUAGUAUAGACAAGCAUCCCAAGUUUUAGAGAUCUUGGUAGAAAGCACAAGUCAGGAUGAUUUUGCAAGUCUGGUCUUGAAGGAUGUGUAGCAUUUUCACAAGUAGAGAAGGUGUCAAGAGUCUUAUUGGAUGAACUAUGGCCCAAAGCCAAGCAUGUCAACAGCUUAUUUAAGGAAUAUCUGCAACGGAAUGGGCUACAGAGAGCAAAGGAUGUGCCAUCAUGGAAGAUGAUAUUGGAACCGGUGAAGGACUAGUCACCUUGCUUCAACUCUCAAAACCCCCAUCCAUCUCUCAUUCCAUCUCUGUGCUGCAGGAAGAGCAAGCUUCAGUGAAAGUGCAACUCCAGUCCAGUAACACAUACUAUUCCCUCAGGAAAAAGCACCAAGCUUUUGUGUAGAACAAGUAAGUCCCUUUAUGACCUACCUGGCCCUUGCUUAUCUCUCCCAGGACUCAUCUCAACCCUUUGCAACCUCUUCCACCCAAACAAAACCCUGCAGAGCUGUAGAUGUCACAUGGCAUUUACUAUUGAUAUUUUCUCAGUCUGUAACUCUUUCCUCGUCUCCCUUUACCUGACUAACUUGUACUCAGCCUUCAGCAAUCAAAUUAAAUUUUACCUGCCACGGGAAGAUUUCCAUAACUAUCCACCACCCCAGCCUCUGAGACUAAGUUAGGUGCCCUUUUAAUGUGUUUAUUUUUCUCCGGUCAUUGCACUUACCAUACUGCGUUGUAAUUGCCUGUGUACCUGUCUGUAUAACUACUAGACUGUAAGCUCCUUGAGGGCAGGGACUGUGCCUAUCUUGUUCACAGUUGUAUCCCCAGCACCCAGCACAGUGCCUGGCAUAUUGUAGGUGCUUAAUAAAUAUUUGUUGAAUGAA